UUUGAUAAGAUUUUUUCAAUAGCACAAAUGCAAGCUGAAAUUAAUUAUAACUAUACAAUUGAAGCAGCAAAGUUACUAGAGCAAAGCAAACUUGAGGUUGGACAAGAAAGUUCUAACGUUGUAGAAUUAAAAACUGGUAACGAAAAUGAAGAAAAGAUUGCCUCUGAAGAUCUUGUUUCCAAAGAAGAAAGUGCUGAAGAAGCAGAAAAGUUGUUUUUGGAAAUAGAGAAAAUGGAAGUUUUAUCUAAUGAAUUAUUGGUAGAUCUAAAACAUUCCGCAGAUGACUCUAUAGGAAAAUAG